UGGUCAAAAUCAAACCAGGGAGACACAUUGGUCUGCAUAGGAUCUGUAUACCCGAAACAGCUGUAUAACGAUAACUAUUUGCUAAAUAGUUUCAGGUUGCAAAAAUCUACAUACCCUCUAAAAAAAAUGCCUAGAAAAAGUUGGCCUCAUGGUAGAAAUUCUCUUGUAAUUAUGACAGUAUUGCGGCUGUAAUGGGCACGUGCCAGUGUAAUUUGGUAGAGAAGACCUCUUUAUGGUCAAUGAGAAGAUGGCUACAAGUGUUGCUGUGUUGGAAUAGUUACUGCAUGUAACCUGUGAUGUGUCAGGAGCCUCUGCUCGCUGCUGAGUGCAGUUAUGAAUGAAGCCAGGGUUAGCAGCAGUGGGUGUGCCAGUGCGUGAGUUCAGUCCCAGACACCAGGACAGACCAGUGACUAAGCUCUGGGCGGAACUGCAUUCCAAAGCCGGUCACUGGGAAGGUUUGGGAGGGAGUGGUGAGCAGUGACAUAAAUUCUACAUAGCUCCUCAUUCUUCUCAUUCACUCUCCCAGCCACAGCUGAAGCCACAAGCUCCUGAACCCAGGACUAUAACCAGUGGCUAAGAAGACUCCUUCCCCCUUCACAGAGCACCCAGUAGGACCUGUGCCCAUUUUACCUACCAACCUACCCACCCACCAGAGAAUGAAAAUGCAGGUCAACCCAGACGUGAUCAUGGAAGGAGAACUGGAGAAGAGGAGCGACAAUCUCCUCCAGUUCUGGAGAAAGAAGCAAUGCGUCUUGACCAAGGAUAGCCUCAACAUGUUCGCCGAUGGCCAGAAGAAGACCAAGUGCAAGGAACUCAAGUUCCAGACCAUCAAAAAGUUGGAUUGUGUUGAGCGGACGGGCAAAUACAUCUACUUCACCAUUGUCACCACGGAUAAUAAGGAAAUCGAUUUCCGCUGCCCGGAUGAAAGCUGUUGGAACGCCGCCAUCACCAUGGCUUUGAUCGACUUCCAGAACAAGAAGGCCAUUCAACAUUUUAGGUCGCGCCAGAACAGCGAGAGAAGGGUGGCCCCGUGUGUGUGAUCCAGAGACUGGAUGCAUGCAAAAGCACCCACCAUACAGCGCCCAUGAAUUAUGGACCAAAUAAGAAAGCAGAGGCUGAAGCGCUGUCUCCGAAGACAGGAAGUCGCUUCCUUACAAGGACAAAGCAAAGUUGAGCAAGAAUUUGUUUGAGCGUCGAUCGCUAGAGCCCAAGCAGAGGAGCUGGUGAUUGAGCGUCCGCCAUGAUGAUGAUGAUGAUGAUGAUGAUGAUGAUGGAAGAUCCUUCACUAUCUGCUUAGUGUUAUUUAUUUAUCUGCGGAAAAGAAAAGCCUUCUGCAACGUCAGACCGGAUUGGGCCGGAUAAUUUAUUUGAUAUUCUCGUCUAUGUAUCUAUUUAUUUCCAUGUCUUUUCCUUCUUAAUAUAUAUAUAUUGUUCCGUUUGCAGGCGGUAAUAUCGGAAUGAAUGUAAUUUGAGAUGUUAACUUAUUCUUAUAUUAAAAAAAAAGUUUUUUUUAUACAAGA